GUCCAUCAUGCGCCAUUAAACCGAGUAUAUAAGUUUUGUAUCGCCAAUAUGCACGGGAAAAUGUGUAUAGUAUAUGGUCUAUGGGUAACGCGCGUGCAUGUCUUUACACCAGAUGCAAUCUAGGCUACGUGAAAGUCCAUUUUAUCAUAGGCUACUCACUUAAACCUGACGUGAAGCAUAAGGCGAAAAUAGUAGACACCUUGGGUUAAUUCAAGACUGUAGUGGCACUGUAAGUUAAAAAUCUAGGCUUUUCAAGAUAAUGGAUUCGAUUCCUGAUAAUUAUAAAAAUAAAUGAAUAAAUACAUAAUCUACGUAAACCAAAGUCUCUGUAUAUAGAUUAGGUCGCAUUACAGAUAUAGUCUAGGGUAUACAGAUAAUUAUGGUGCUUUACCUUAAAGGUUGAUAAAGCGUGAGGAUUAGAUGCCAACGUAUGUGGUGCACCCAGGCAAUUACACACCUUAUUUUUGAACCUGAAUGCAAACUGUAGCACUUCGUCGCCAGAGGAGGGCAUAGUAUCCUUGAUAUCCAAGUGGCGUCAUUGGUUUCCUGGCAACAGUCCGGGCGACCCAUCAAUCAGUGUUACAAAUAGAACACUGAGCCUAAGCGGACUGCAUGCAUGCUGGUAAAAAUCCCGGGGCUGGGACGGAGCGCAGACAACUCUACACCAAGCAAUGGUGCUGCAAAUCUCGGCGAAAUUUCUAUUCCCGCCACUUUUUGUUCUGUAUAAAUAAGUAGAAAAGCUGUUCAAGUCCACGCAAGAAAAAAGAGGAUGCCGAAAGGUUUCACCCGACGUACAUCAGUAACCUACAAACAAGGACAGACGCACGAUUCGUCAUAAGUUGUCAUACUAAGUUGUCAGGAGCAGAGAGUCGUUUCGUUUCACUGUAAGGAAAUACAAGCGCACUUUUUCAUUUUAUUAUUCAAUGGGGUUUGUUUUUACGAAACCCCGAGGCUAAGGACCCCCGUAAAACAUAUGAACCGCUAACUAAUGCAUUGUAUUUAGUUUCUAAAAUAUCAUUUCCUCCCAAAGAAUUCAAUUUUGGAAGAGUAUACUUGCGAUUCCUCCGAGAAGCUACACAGAAAGACUGACCAAAUAGUGACGAAUGAUGGUGAAAUUCCAUAACUCGGACCUAUGGAUUGCUUGGGUGGCUGUACUUUGCAUGGAAGGCUUCUCCAGAGCCCUGGAGGUGACGGUGAGUCAGAGCAGUGUCCAGGUGGCCCGGGGCCAGACCGCUCUCUUACCCUGCACCUUCACCACCAGAGCAGCCCUCAACAGCCUCAACAUCAUCUGGAUGGUCACCCCACUGUCCAACGCACACCAGCCUGUUCAGGUGAUCAUCUACCAGGGUGGCCAGGUAUUCACCAUACCCAAUCAGCUGAGUGGAAGAGUGGGCUUUGCCACCACCAUGCCCAGCACAAGUGCCUCUAUUUUCAUCAACAACACGCAACUCUCUGACACAGGGACGUACCAGUGCGUGGUCAACAACCUCCCCGACAGAGGGGGGCGCAAUAUUGGCGUCAUCGGCCUCACCGUGCUAGUUCCCCCUUCCACCCCCUCUUGUAGGAUCCAGGGGAAUUUGGAUGUGGGAAGUGAUAUCAUGCUAAUGUGCUCCUCGGAAGAGGGGAUCCCCACGCCAACCUAUGCCUGGGAGAAGCUGGAGUCCGUGCCCAAACUGCCCUACUCCGCCAUGCAAGACCAGAUGCAAGGCACAGUAGCAUUACGGAACAUCAGCGUGGGAAACUCAGGCCUGUACCAGUGUACAGCGUCCAACGCCAUCGGAACCAGUUCCUGCGUCCUGAACCUGCAGGUCGUGGCGCCUCAGGCCCAGAAUUUGGGUCUCAUUGCGGGCACCAUUGCCACGGGGAUCCUGGCGGUCAUCAUCUGUUCUCUGCUGGUGGUGGUGACGCUCUUCUACUGGAAGAACAAGAACAAGUACGAGGAGGAUGAGAUCCCCAACGAGAUCAGGGAAGAUGACUUGCCGCCCAAGAGGUCAUCGUCAGUGAAGGCGUUCCACGCCGACGCCUCGUCAUCGGAAAACGACACCCUGACGUCCACCAACACCUACAACAGCCGCUACUGGCACAACCCCAAACCGAACUACGACACCAACUCCUACACGCGCUACAACGGGGACACACGGCAGACCUUCUCCUCCGGGCACACGGGGGCGGGCUCGGGGGCCGGCUCAGGGGCGGGCUCGGGGGCGGGGUCGGGCCCGACGCGCCCCGCCUACACCAAUGGCAGCCACACCCUGCCCCCGCCCAAGACUCUGGUGGUCACCACCAACUCGGCCCCCUCUCCGCCCGCCAUGGUGCGCAGCAACGGGUCCAUCAGCCUGAAGCCGGCGGCGCCGCAGGGCCAGCACACGCACUCGUACGCGGUCAGCCAGGCCGCGCUGGAGCGCAUGGGCGCCGUGCCCGUCAUGGUGCCAGCGCAGAGCAGAGCCGGCUCCUUGGUAUGAACACGCUGUGAACACGCAGCGCCGCACCUCUGCUGCUCUCCUCUCCACAGACUGACUUUUACAGCGUAGAGUUCGCUUAAUGCCUGUCUUACAAACACUUCUGUUUUGAAGCAUCACCUGGUAAUAUUCUCUCGCUUUUUUAUUUGAUUUUGUCAUAUUAUAUUUUUUCUUGUUUAUAUUAAAAGAAAAAAUCUGUCAUGUUUUAUACGCUAAAGGGGAAGAGCUUAUGACUGACGUGUGGCAUAAAGGACCUGUGUGCGGUGGGGGUGGGUAACAUGAAGAAAAAUGAGAGUUUAGAAAGCCAAAACCAUAAUGUGUAUUUGAAGUUAUUUCUUUGAAGUUAUUUUUUAGGUUUUGUUUAAAUAAAAUCUAUAUACGCAAUACAUUUAACAUGAUAAAACAAAAUACAAUUCACUCCAGUGGUCUUAAAUAAACACAAUUCUCCAGAAGGGAAAUGGCCUUAGAACUUAGAAAGAGACUUACUAAGAGGUAUGGUCAGGUUCUUGUAAAUAAAAGCAAUGCAUGGUUUCCUGUAACAAAGAGUAGUAUAAAAAAAGUUCCAGUAUAGUUCCCACCAAACUGUAGUACAGUUAGAAUGUCAUGUUAUGACAAUUAGCUGAAACGAGGGAUGGUAUUUUUGGAGAUGGAGUCCCAGAUAGACUGACUCAUGCAUCCCAGAAUCCUUCAUUGUUUUCAGUUGUUUUUUUUUAAAAAAAAACCAUCUCUGGGGAAACUGUCUUUUUUCUUCUAUCUGUGUGAUUUCUUUUUUAUUGGUUUGCACUGUGACAGGAUUUGUCAGAAGAAUGCUGUUUGAUAUUAGAAUGUAUGACGGCUCAGUCUUAUUUGGAUCAGUCUUAAUUUAUUUACUAAAUUCCACCAACAAUUAUUCAUUACUGCGGCUAUUUAAGCUAGGUUUCAGGAAGAAUUAUACUCGAGUAUAACCCACAUUUGUUUGGGACUUAAAAAGCCAAUAUUAUCAAUUAUUAGAAUUAUUAGAUGCGUGAAUGUUAAUAUUGGUUUCACUGUCAGGUUUAUUCAAAUCUUGGAAACCUACUCCCCCUUGAAUCCUGAUUUUUCAGCUCUAAAGCAUGUUUUACAAAGUAAGAUCUCAUUUAAGUUGAUAUAUUUCACAUUCACUCCUGCAAGGUUUUUCUCCUGUUAAAACUAUCUUACACCAGCAUUGCUUUGAAAACAAGAGGUCUAUGUUUUAUUUCCAAUGUACUUUAUAUAUGGUUUCAUGAGAAGGGUUGUUCCCCCUUUGAAAGAAUUGUACUGUAAAUAAAUAUGACUAGGUCAAGUUAUGUUUUUUUAAAUAUUUUAUUUGCCCAACUAUUAUAACUCCUGUGUCUUAAUUGAAUACAUUUCUUAAUUUUAUUAACUUUAGAAACUUAAAAAGGUUUUUGGGGAAGGUGUUGUGCUUCAUUAAUAAGGGUUUUCUACCCCCCAUUGCUACCACUCCAAGUUUAGGGCCAAAGUUAUGGUUACUGCAUGUAAUAGGAACAAGGAUAGAACUAAUACCUGAGUUAAUAAAGAAAUCAGAAUUUCCCUCACAGAGCAUAUGGUGUAUUGUAAUAAUGGUGUACCAUGCAUCAGAAUGCAGACAAUUUCAAUUGAAGUGUGUCUUACACUUUAUCCUCCCUCAUUUAUAUCAUAAUGCUGUGUAGUAGUCUGGUCUUAUAGUGUUGACCUACCGUAAUCUAUUUCCACGCUAUGGUCAGUGUGGCCAUUACUGAUUCUGUUCCCUUUUUACGGCAGUUUAUAUUAGCCUUAACUGAUGCUCCCUAAAGCUUUUUUGGUUUUGGGACUGUAUGUCUUGAUUACAAAAUCUAUGUGCUUUUGGGGAAGAUGAACAGCUGAAGUGGUUAUAACUUUCACUCAUAAUGUGCAAAACCUUUUUUUGAACUUUGAAUUUGUAUGGACGAAUAUAUAUAUAUUUCUUGUUCCUUUUACAUUUCAUUGAGUGAACAAACAAAUAUAAAUGCCUAAUAAAAACAGUAAUACUGUUAAUUGUAUUAAUGAGCAGCCCCUAAAGUUCAGAAAUUUUGGUUGACAUUUGUUUAUAAUUCAUAGCAAAAUAAUUUGACAUUUUGUUUCUCUGCUUUUUGUUAAGCUUCUGUGCAGCAGUUACUGAGAAGCUCCAAGUAAGAAAGCUUAUUAGGAGUGCUUCAUCAAAAAAAAAAAAACCUGUUUUGUUGUCAUUUUGGUACGUCUGAACUCAACAAAGCAAAGACAGUUUUAUUUUCACAGAUGGUGUUCUCUCCAGCACUUCAACAAUUUUGUAAACAUUUUUCCUUCCCAAACAGAUGUAAGACUUUAAUGGUUCUUCAGAUUAUGUGAAGUCACAGAUAAGUAACAUCAAAUGGUAAAAUACUCAUGCUGUCCUUGAAAAGUUACAAAGAUAGUUUAAAUCUUAGGGCUCAUGAAAUCCUUUAACUGUCCUGCACGGUGCACCUCCAUACUGUUUAUAAUUGCUUGGAUGCAAGUAUAGCAAGCUGAGAAAUGUAGGUUUUUUAAAUCAGCUUGACAACAGUUAAAGUACGCAGUUUCCUUCUUACAAAACUGUUGAGUUUAGUGCACUGCUUAGAUUACUCUGGCGUUUUGUGUAAACCUCCUAUGCAAUGACAUUUCAUUGUGUGUCUACAUUGAGAGGACAGAGUGGCGUAUUCUGUGGCAUAGCUGUUCUGAAUAAUAGAGAUUGUCUGAAGAGAGCGGACAAAUCACUUUACAGUUGAUUGCUUUUACAGGACCGCUUGGUCGUGUCAGGCAACUUGUGUGCAUUUAAAAAGUGGAAGCUUUUAUGAAGGGAGAAGCCAAAGUAACCAACUGGAGAACACACCAUCAAUGACUGUAGUAAACUACUGUGGCUCACUGCACCCUUGAGAGUAAAUGCCCCAUUUAAAAAUGUUGAAGACUGCAUCCUUUUGUAAUGUUGUACUGUUUUUUAAUGCACACUUUGACUCAAUGCAUUGUUAUGCAGGUACAAUCAAGAUGCAUCCACAACAGACAUAAAUCAGCGUAAAGGGAAUGUUCUGUUUUUAAGUAAAAGAGUAAAUAAUUUAUUUGUCUCAGGAAAUAGGGUGAAUUUACCACACACUAUAUAAUGCCCAAGACAUGUUGUAUUUGGCCAAAGUAGAAUCAAAACAAAUAUUCAAAUGAAGUUCCCCCAUACCAAAUUAGCAACAACAAGUCUUACUUUGAAUGUCUGAAAACAAAUGUUGUGUCAUUUAUUUAUAAAAGAACCGAGUCCACAUGUCUGUAUGAAAAUUCAGAAAGAUGCAAUGGAUGUUCAAGCUCAAGAAAACCCUUUUGAGUAGAGAGCUACACUAUUAAUGCUGGAUUUCAUUUGGAAAUGCUACAUAAUUACUCCCUCUAAGAUUCACCCAUAGCUGUUCUACAGAUAAAUGGCAGGCAAAAAUCUAGUCUUUUACUUUGGAAAUUUUUGUUUCUUUUUAUUAUUGUUUUUUUAUGUACCAAUAUGCACAGAGCAUUUGUUUUAUGCAAAUAUGCAAUGUGUAAUUUUAUUAAAUAAGCUCUACCUGAGAACCUUUGAGAAAGUAGAAUUCCAAAUUGUUCUAUUUCAGAACUUUGGGUCCAAAAAUGAUUCCAAAAUAUUAUUGUCCAAAACAUUAUUGCAGAUUGCAAAUAUUGAAGCACAACAUUGUUGGAAUUUAGUUCAAAGAUAUACUGGUGUAAAAUGUGUAAUAAUACUACAUUUACUCACAAGGCAGGCACUCAAAAUGAGAGAGUCAGGCUCUGCAACACACACUGGUGAAGGUGGAUAAGCCACUACAUGAGCAGCUGCCCAAAAUUCUGCAGUGUCAGUUCAGUUGUGAAAAGGCUGUUCUUGUUUUUUUAUUUUAACACAAGCCAAGUUUCUUUUCAUGAUUAUUUUCCAAAACACAUGGUUACAAAGGAAGAAAUAAGCAAAAGAAAAAAUCCAAAUGACAUGAUGGGCAUGUUUUAGUAUACAGGUCUGCAGUAUAUUUUAUUAUUAUUAUUAUUUUUUUUUUUUUUUUUUUGGAAAUGUGGAAUUGCACUUCUGAACAUGAAGGCAAAGAUUACACACAGAAAAAUAAUUAAGUUUGCAUUAACAAACUGCUAUUGUUUAUUUAAUUGUCUAUUGUUUUUGUCUACUGACAACGAUUAUGGACCUUAUGAACAAGUUGCAAUGGAUUCUGGAUGCAUUGUUUCAUUUAGUCAUUAUUACAGUUUACUAAUAACUAAAAUAUGUUCAUCUACCAUUUGAGGUAACUACAAAACUUAGCCAGGCUGUGGCCAUAAUUUCAGCAGGUUAUGUGUAUGUAAAUAUAUAUAUGUAUAUUGCCAAUAGUCUACUUUGUAUAUAUGUAAAAUAAUUCUUGUACUUACCGUUGUAUUGAUGUAAAAUAAGAAAAUUAACACUUAAAGUUGUAGUGAAUAUUGUUAAUAAAUUUUAUUUGGUGCUGAAA